UCAGUCCGCAGACCCUCUCAAGCGUGAGGCUACUAGGAAGGCUGCGGGUUCGCAGGCCCGCCUGGCCGAGCCGAGGGAAGGACAUGGUGUCCGCCGCGCCAUUCGUCGGUUGAAGAGGGGCCGCCCUGGCAGGGUGGCAGGCCAGCCGCGGCGCGAGGCGCCGGCCAGAAGGGUUGCAUUGUCGUCCUGUCCUGUUGCUGAAUGUCGGUCCCAGAGGAUGAAGAGAGGCUUUUGCCGCUCGUCCAGAGAUGGCCCCGAGCGAGCAAGUUCCUACUGUCCGGUUGCGCGGCUACGGUGGCGGAGCUAGCAACUUUUCCCCUGGAUCUCACAAAAACUCGACUCCAAAUGCAAGGAGAAGCUGCCCUUGCACGAUUGGGAGACAGUGCAAGAGAAUCUGCUCCCUAUAGGGGCAUGGUGCGCACAGCCCUAGGGAUUGUCCAAGAGGAAGGCUUUCUAAAGCUUUGGCAAGGAGUGACACCCGCCAUUUACAGACACGUAGUGUAUUCUGGAGGUCGAAUGGUCACAUAUGAACAUCUUCGUGAAGUUGUGUUUGGCAAAAGUGAAGAUAAGCAUUAUCCCCUUUGGAAAUCAGUGAUUGGAGGGAUGAUGGCUGGUGUGGUUGGCCAAUUUUUAGCCAACCCAACUGACCUAGUGAAGGUCCAGAUGCAAAUGGAAGGAAAACGGAAACUCGAAGGAAAACCAUUGCGAUAUCGUGGUGUACAUCAUGCAUUUGCAAAAAUCUUAGCUGAAGGAGGAAUACGUGGGCUUUGGGCAGGCUGGGUACCCAAUAUACAAAGAGCAGCGCUGGUGAAUAUGGGAGAUUUAACCACUUACGAUACAGUGAAACACUACUUGGUAUUGAAUACACCACUCGAGGACAAUAUCAUGACUCACAGUUUAUCUAGUUUAUGUUCUGGACUGGUAGCUUCUAUUCUGGGAACACCAGCUGAUGUCAUCAAAAGCCGAAUAAUGAAUCAACCACGAGAUAAGCAAGGAAGGGGACUUUUGUAUAAAUCAUCAACUGACUGCUUGAUUCAAGCUGUUCAAGGGGAAGGAUUCAUGAGUCUGUACAAAGGCUUUUUACCAUCUUGGCUGCGAAUGGUGGAUGAAAAAAAAUCAAAUUGAGAUGAUGUUUGGAUUUCAAGGAAAGAAGCUGCUUUCUGUCAGUGCUGUUAGUUAGAUUUGUGUUAAUUGGUUAGCAUUCCACUGCACAUGCUAAGGACUAACUGACAGCCACAGAUUUUGAAUCUUGGUGAAAACAAACAGUAUUUACUUUAUUAUAUAUCCUGUUACAACUUGGAUUUAUUGCUAGCUCUCAAGAAUCAUCAAUAUAUUAAGAAUGCAACUUGCCGGAUUAAAGCUCAGGUGGAUAGGUCUUUUUUAUAAAGCAACUUCUGUUAUAAGCCUUUUAGUGGCAUUUUAAAAGCAAAGCUGAGAUGAAGUCAUCCUUUCUUUCUUGUCUCCCCCUUUCCUAACACAGAGAGAGAAAGAGAGAACUCAGAAAUCAUACUAAAGCUGUCUCUAGCCUGAAACUUAUUCAGUUUGGCAAAGCUUCCUGCCUAAAAAAUAAUAAGUAUAAACUGCCUGUCGUAUACAGUUAUACCUCCAAUCCCCAAAUCACAUCAAUUUUCUAAUUCUAGAAGGGUGAGAGAUUUCUUCAGAUUUACCUAUAUACCACCUGCUCCCCAACCUCAGACAGUAGGCAUUUCUGGAUGGAUGGCUACGUUUAUGAGUAGAGGCUGUAACUGUCAAAAUAGGCAAACUCAGAAAGCUUAUCUAGGAAGGACCAUGGAGCUGACCCAACAAUUUGUUAUCACAGACAUGGAUGAUGUUAAUCAGAAAAAAGUUUACAAGUGCUUUGUGGUUGUACUAAUGCAUAAUCACUGCCAUUUAAGAGGGGAAAUAUACUUUAAAAUAUAUUUUAAUGUGAUAUACUAAUCUGCAGUGGCUUAUUGUUUUUCCAUAGAGUUGUAUAAUGUAGAAUUUAAUCUCUUAAAAUCGUUAGGUGGACUGCUUUUCCAUUGCAUUUGUCAAUCUGUAUGAAUUGAGUUGUUAACUGUAUUUAAAAUAAUGUUAUGUACUUAAAUUCCCAAGUGUUCUGCAUUGGAACCACUCGAAGAACUUUUGAUUUUUUUAUGUUUUAUAAUAUUUAAAAUUAAGUAAAAACUGGAUCAAAAGAACUAUAUGCCAACUGGACUGUAAAAAAAAUUCCUUAGCCUUAUUCUUUGAGGGACUUGGGGUGGGAAAACAUUGCUUAAGUACUGAGACUCUUUCUUGGUAUCUGGAUUCAUCAAGAAUAACUGGAUUUUUUAACCUGAAAUGAUUAUCUGGUUUAACUCUUUCAUUUUACAUGUUAGGAAACUAAGGUCCAGAGAAGUAGAGUUGUUCAUAUUCAUAAGUUACUUAGUAGCAGAACCAGGAUAAAAAUACACAUCUCCUAAUUAUAACUGACAGCUAUUGUACAGAUUUUUCUUUAUGACAUUUUCCUGCUUUUACAUGUUAAAUGAAUUGAAUUGCCUUUAGCAUAAAUUUUAGAAUGGAGUUACCAUACUUUACCUUGACCAUUAGACCCUCCAUAAUCUGAUCAAAUCCUGUAUAUUCAACAUAUAUAUCCCAUCAUAUUCAUACUUUUUCAGUGAAAUCAUAUUUAUUAAUGUAUCUUGGGACUUAAUUUUAGUUUUACCAAUGUGAAAUUAUCUUGUUCCUCUUCAAAAUAAUCAACAUUUAAUAAAAAGGAAUAAAAAUUUCAGGAAUUUUGUGUCCAUACUGAAAGACUUAACCAUUUCAAUCUCACUUUCUCAUACUACUACUAUUAUAUAAGGUAUUUAUCUUCAGCUCAGUGUUGGUAACACUUAAUAUCUAAGUUUCUUUUGCUUAAGCUCCCAAUUUUUUCUCUUCUCAAAUGGUUUUCUUCUCAUCGAAAAAUAUAUCCUUAUUUUUUAAUUAUACAGUUAUUUGUUCUUUGUAUGUAUAAGUGAAUUAGCAUAAUUAUCUAAAUAAAGAGAUUACAUUUCCUAAA